GAAAAACAUGUGCUGAAACUUUCAAAGAAAUGGUUGCAAAUUACAACCAAACUCAACCAUUUAAGAGCUAAAGCAUUACUCUUACCAAUGCUCRAAGACUGCGUUUCUYAACUUUAGCCUAUGGAAGUGGGACARCGUGUAGUUCGAGGAGAAAAUUGGAAAUGGGGUAACCAAGAUGGCGGYGAUGGAUCCGUGGGGACSGUUGUUGUUWUAGGAAAAACUGGGAGUUUGUCUUCUCCAGAUAAAACUGUUAUMGUACAAUGGGAUACAGGAACAAGGACGAACUAUAGAUGCGGCCAUGACAAUGCGUACGAUUUAUAUUUGCUGGACAAUGCRCCAAUUGGUGUGYUGCACUUUUUCUCGUGCAAUGAAUGCGAUGAGCAGAGAAUCAAAGGAAUGCUUUGGCAAUGUGCAGAGUGUAAUUUAUAUAAUCUCUGCUCUACRUGUUAUAAUAAUGACAAGCAUUCACUUCAACACCAGUUUUUCAGGAUAGACACUCCCAACUGUUAUGGUAAGCAAGAGGCAGGGAAGACAGAAAAUUCAAUCCAAAGGAUUAUUCACUGGAGCUGUUGURAAAAGAGGACCAGAUUGGGACUGGGGAAACCAGGAUGGUGGUCCACAGGAGAAAGGACUGGUAACUGAUGUAAAGGGCUGGGAGAAUCAAACGUUUCGUAGUGUAGUGUCAGUAACUUGGUCUAAUAGUGAGGGUAAUUUGUAUCGCCGUGGUCACAAAGGCAAGGUUGAUGUUAUUGCUAGUUCACCAUCUGAGGGAGGACAUUAUUACAAAGAUCAUCUUCCAAAACUUGGAUAUCCAUUCCCAGCAAGCAGAGAUCCUUUAAGACAGCAGCCGUCAGCCCAUCCGAUUCCUCCUUCUCUGCAGCAUCAGUUUAAAAAGGGUGAUAAAGUCAGGAUCUUACUUGAUGUUGACAUUCUUAAGUCAUUGCAGAAAGAUUGUGGUGGAUGGGACAAGAGAAUGGAUUCUGUCAUUGGUAUGACAGGUAUUGUCUACUCUACGGCUGUCAGCAAUAAUGGAAUCGUAGUGGCAUUUCCUUUAUCCAGCUCAUGUAAAAUGGUUGUGAACCCGCUGGCUUUAUCGAAGGUAGAAACACUUCAAGUCAAUGAUAACAUUUAUGUGCUGAAUAACUUGGCUUUGGUGAAAAAACUGCAAGCUAGUCAUGGAGAAUGGACUGACAGUAUGAAACAGAUAUUGGGUAAGAAGGGUCAAGUCUUAAAGAUAUAUGCAGAUGGUGACAUAAGGGUGUCCGUUGGAAACUCUUCCUGGACACUAAAUCCUGCUAUACUUACCAAGACAGUCAUUGAUGCUCCUGAAACUUCACCACAAGGCUUGGCCAGUYCCCAAGGCACCACUGYACAAAGUCUGUCUACUUCAUCUGUCACUUCACUUGUUGGGAAGAUGAAGAUAAGUGAUGAAAACAUAACAUCAAAAUUGCUGCAAGCCGCUGGCCAGGGUCAUUGUAGUAGAGUWAGAGACAUUCUUGCUGCAGAUCCCAGUAAGGUUAAUAGUCAUCAACAGGGCAAAACAGCUUUGCAUAUGAGCAGUCAUGAGGGACAUGUUAAUGUUGUCAACUUGUUGCUGAAUAGCAAAGCUGAUUGUAAUAUGCAGGAUGAUGAUGGAGACACAGCUCUUCACUAUUCAGCCUUUUGCAACAAGCCCCUGGUAGCAUCAGCUUUACUCCAACACAAYGCCAACAUUGAUAUGUUGAAUAAAAACGGUUUUACGCCACUUCACAUAUCAGUAAACAGAGGACAUGGUGACGUGGUACAGAUAUUGAUUGACGCAGGCUGUAAUGUCAAUAUACAGGAUGCGUCAGGCGAUACUGCUUUGCAUGAUGCGAUUACUAAUGACAGACAGGACAUUGUUAUCAGGUUGAUUGACAGCAAUAGAUGUGACUUGACACUUGUCAAUCAACAAGGGUUCAGUGUAUUUCACAGGGCAGCUCUUAAAGGACGGCAAGAGGUAUUGCAAGUGCUUUUACAGAAGUCUCCAGUGCUGCUCAACUCAGCCAAAGAUGAUGGUUUCACUGCAUUACAUCUGUCUUCUCUCAAUGGUCAUCUGGGAUUGGUUACUCAUUUACUGGCUCAGAAUGGUUGUGAUGUUAAUUUUAUUAAUAAUAAACAUCAAACUGCACUGCUAUUAGCUGUUGAUAAAACCCAUAAAGACAUUGUUAAAGCCCUUCUUGAUCACAGCGCAGAUCCGAACAUACAGGACGAUGUUGGUGACACGCCUCUUCACACUGCAGCUGCCAAUCAUUAUUUCCAUGGCAACACAAGCGACAGCAAUGAAGAAGAUAUCAUUCGUCUACUGAUGCAGCAUGGUGCCGACCCAACCCUUCGCAACCAUGACAACAAGAUGGCUGCUGAUCUGUGCCAUGAUACUGAUUUGGUGUCAUUGAUGGGAGCAGGUGCUACAACUUCUUCAAAGCUGCCAGAUCUUCCCCAGGAAUGCAAAUCAGCAUCCGUUUCUAUGACGACCUCUAAUAGUUGUCGACUCUGUGGUAAUCCUAUCGAUUGCGAGUUUCAGCCUUGUGGCCAUUGUGUAGUGUGCCAGGGUUGUAGUAAUAUGUUUAAAGCUUGCUGUGAAUGUAAGGCGCCAAUUGAAAGCACCAAAAAACUAGARGAGUCUGUUGCCAGUGAAUGUAAAGUCUGUUCUGAGGCAACAGCAAAUGUGAUAUUUGAACCAUGUUUGCAUGUGAUUGUUUGCUCAGAAUGCUGCGUCCGCAUGAAAAAGUGUUUUGUUUGUCAGAAAACCAUACACAGAAAGACAACAACUGAUGGAUUAAUUAUUAAACAAGAACCCGAAAAGUACGGUCAAAACAUGGACUCGCUGUUCUACCUCCAAGCCAAGGUACAAGAGAUGGAAGAGGCGCAGAUUUGUGCGAUUUGCAUGGAAAACAAACGAACGGUUGCAUUUCUUUGCGGGCAUAGCACCUGUGAYGUMUGCUGCGAGUCGUUGCGCGAUUGCCCAAUGUGUAGAAAACCAAUAGAAAAGAAGAUAAAACUCUUCAAUUAACUGGAAAA